AUGACGUCAAAUGGAGGAUUUCGUCUACGGAAGUGGGCGUCGAACUGUCCCGACGUACUGAACGGAAUCAAGGAGGAAGAGCUUGCCAUCCGAUUACCUGAAGGCAUUGUUUUGGAUCCAGAUCCUUCGAUAAAAACCCUGGGACUGACCUGGAUGCCAGUAACCGACACACUUAGGUUUCAGUUCACCAUCCCCAAUUUGAACACAGAAGUUCCUCUUACCAAACGGUGCGUGCUUUCGGUGAUUGCUACACUGUUCGACCCAUUAGGCCUGUUGGGCGCUGCUAUCACUACAGCGAAGAUCUUCAUGCAGCUGCUGUGGACGUUGCGAGACGAAAAUGACCAACGACUAGAUUGGGACCAGCUGUUACCUCCAACGGUGGGUGAGGCCUGGAAAAAGUAUCACGAGCAACUUCCACUGUUGAAUGAAAUCCGUAUCGACCGCUGUGUUAUCAUCACAGACGCGGAAUCUGUGGAGAUCCAUUGUUUUUCGGAUGCCUCGGAGAAGGCAUACGGAGCAUGUCUGUAUCUCAGGAGUGAGAAUGCAGUCGGGGAGGUAAAGGUUAGGCUUUUGACCUCAAAAUCAAAGGUUGCCCCCUUAAAAUGUCAGACGAUUCCUCGGCUGGAGUUGUGUGGAGCACUUUUGGCAGCACAACUCUACGAAAAGGUGGACAAGUCAAUAAAAAUCACGGUAAAAUCCUAUUUCUGGACGGAUUCAACCUGUGUCCUGCGUUGGCUUGCGGCUAAUCCAACGACCUGGACCACCUUCGUCGCCAACCGAGUGGCAAAAAUACAGUCCAUUACACAAGGAUCAAGAUGGAGUCACGUACCUGGUAUCCAGAAUCCGACAGAUCUUAUUUCGAGAGGGAUUUCGCCAAAUGACAUCGUUCUGAAUACGUUUUGGUGGCAAGGACCGAGCUGGUUAGAGAAGACGGAAGAGCAUAGGCCUCUCUUACCAGACAAUCUACCGACAGAUGAGGGAGACGAGGAGAAACGACACACGGUGCUAGCUGGAACGGUUUCAACAAUCGCUGAAUUCAACCAAUUAUACAUUGGCAAAUUUUCGUCGUACAGUGACCUUCUUCGUCGAACUGCCUACUGGCUGCGUCUGAUUAAACUUCUACGAACCCCGCGGAAGGAUAGAAAAGCCCCUACGUUUCUGUCUACUGAAGAGUUAAAGAGGGCGGAAAACACUCUGGUUCGAUUGGUUCAGAGGGAGGUGUUCGUUGAGGAAUGGAAGGCGCUCUCCAAGGAAAAUGCGGUUUCCAAGAGCUCGCCGCUUCGAUGGUUUAAUCCGUUUGUCUCCCAUGACCAAUUGAUCAGACUUGGCGGUCGUUUAAAGCAUUCGAUUGUGUCUGAAAACACCAAACAUCCGGCCGUUUUACCCACUCGGCAUAUUUUGGCCACUAGGAGGCAGGAGUGUAGUUCGACACAUUAUCCAACAGUGUCAGAUAUGCUUCCGAUCGAAACCAUCGACCGUGUCGACUACUUUGGACCCCUCUAUGUGAGACCAGCUCCUAGGCGAACGGCAGUUAAGGCUUACGUUGCUAUAUUCGUGUGUCUGUGUACCAAGGCAGUGCACCUCGAAUUGGUCACAGAUUUAUCCACAGAUCGGUUUCUACAGGCUCUACGGCGUUUUGUUGCCAGAAGAGGACGGUGUACAGAUAUAUACUCCGACAAUGGCACUAACUUUGUCGGUGCUCGUAAUAAACUACAAGAUUUCCUACGAUUGCUUAAAGACAGCCAUCAUAAUGACGUUGUGUCCAAGCAAUUAGCCAAGGAAGGGAUUCAAUGGCACUUUAACCCACAUUUUGGCGGUAUUUGGGAGGCCGCAGUCCGAUCUGCCAAAAAUCAUCUACUAAAGGUGGUAGGCGAAACUCCAGUAUCCCCAGAGGACAUGAACACGCUACUAGUCCAAGUUGAAGGAUGCCUGAAUUCUCGCCCGCUUACACCCAUGUCUGAUGACCCGAACGAUCUGCAGCCAUUAACCCCUGCACAUUUUCUGGUUGGAGAAUCUCUUCAGGCUGUCCCCGAUCCAGAUUUAACAGUAGUUCCCAUGAAUCGUCUCACCCAAUGGCAGUUAACCCAGCAGAGACUACAGAAUUUCUGGAAAAGGUGGCGCAGAGAAUAUCUGUGUCAACUUCAAGGCAGAACCAAACGAUGGAAACCGGCUGUUCGUAUCGAGAUUGGAAAACUAGUCGUCAUUCAAGAUGAUAAUCAACCUCCAAUGCGAUGGAAGAUGGGUAGAAUCGUACAAACUCACCCUGGUGACGAUGGAACCGUGCGAGUAGUCACACUGAAAACCGCUACUGGAAUGCUAACUCGUCCGGUCGAAAAGCUUUGCCUGCUACCCACUUCGGAUGACAACGAUGACACACAGCCAACAGAAGUUGACAAUCAGCAAUCCUAG